CGUAGUAAAGUUCUGAGUUGUUGCUUGCUUACGUUCGGAGAUGAGUGGGUCGGGCCUGUCAAAUAGAGUUUAGAGUUAAGACUCCUUUGAAGCUUGCUAUCAAAUUAAAAUCAUCAUGGACGAUGGCCAGACAAGUAAAAUACAAUUCUUAAGAGAAAGGAUAAAACUUGACCCGCUUGCUGUCGAUGUGCAAUGGAGCUUGUUUUCGUCGGCAGCAAACAGUUACCGAUUUGACACCGUCCUUCGACCGUUCCCUCCGAUGUUCAUGAGCUCUGACAACGAAAAAGAUACAAAAUCUCUCGAGGGGCAAUGCGUGAUAUUCCAAAUGUGCAGAGAGUGGGUUCCUCAUUAUCAUCACUUCCCAGCAAGACCAUUGACUUGAUUCACUGGGUGUUAGACUCAAAGUCGUUCACCCUCACAGCCCUUGACAAGGCUCAGUUUGCAGAGAUCCAGAAAAUGACUGGUCACACAACAGAGGUGCCAUCUCCCAACUUCAUCUUUGAGGUGACACCCAGUGAAACAAAUGAUGCCAAAUUUCAACUUGUCCGCAACAACAGAAAAGUUUUCUUUGCCUAUCAUGGAAGUCGUAUAGAAAACUUCCAUUCUAUUCUGCAUAAUGGUCUAGCAUCUCAUAUGAAUAAAGUGUCAAUGUUCGGUGAGGGUACAUACUUGUCUGGUGAACUGGCAGUGUCAAUGACCUACAGCCCUACAGGCUUAACCUGGGACAGCAGCGAACUGGGGGACAAACUGGGAUGUGUAGCUGUGUGUGAGAUGAUCGACGACUCCAGUGUCAAAUGUCAGGAGAAGACAGGAUCUGAGGAUGGUGUAAAGAAGUCUCGAGCACGUGUGGCUGGCAGCAUGGCAGGGGAUGUUCCAGAGAAGUACUACGUGGUCCGGAACAAUGAGGUCAUGCGUGUUCGUUACCUACUAGUGUAUGCCGAGAAGACAAAACCUAAACAGCUGGGUGUGAGCAGAGGUCACAUGACCUGGUUUCAGCAGAACAAGUUCCUGGUGAUGAUGUCUGUCUAUGUGCUCCUCCUCCUGGCCAUUGGUCUGGCCAACUCCAAGUCUCUUCAGUACCAGCUGAAGCGAAUCUUCAGAUAACACCAGCCUAUGUCCUAGUUGAAUACAUGAUGUGUGUAGACUGACAGCCUGGUGUUCCUGUGUGUGGACUAACAGCCUGGUGUUCCUGUGUAUGGACUGACAGCCUGGUGUUCCUGUGCGUUCAGGGCUGUAAACACACCAACACUGUUAUGCCCAAUGUUAAAUGUGUACAGUGUUGUCAUUGCCAUCUUUUGUAGACAUAUUGUAUGAUCUACAAACAACAUCACAUGUUUCUGACUCAAAGAAUUCAUGAAUAUUCGUUCUUUAAAAAUGUUAAUUUGGGGAUUUCAGCUUUAAAAGAUGAUUUUUUUCCUGAUGAUUGGUGUAUUUUUUAAGUGUCGUUCUUGACUGUGGAAGUUAAUGAGUGUAUUUCACAUUAUAUUGGCUGGGUUAUUCAUGGACUUCAUGUCAGUUUCACAUCCAGCUGCCAUAUUGGUCUGGAGAAGAAAUUUGUUUUACAUGUACAUUUGAUUUAAAUGGGGCAUGAGUAAAAAAUCAGUAGUACCAUGAAUUACCUGAACUUAGUAAUGGUAACAGUGGAUAUAAUCUCCUAGGUGUAGAUGCCACAGCUAAGCCUUGAUGGUUGGCAUGACCUGUUGAACUGUUCUCUGAUUCACACAGGGCAUCAUGUCCGAGUCAGUGCUGCUACAUGGCUAUAUAGUGAUGACAUGAUGUGGUCAUGUAGCGUUGAAAUUCACCAGUAGACAGAUGGAACAUAUUUUGUUGACACAAUGUUAUUUGUUAUGUUACGAGGGCAUUAACAUGGUUGAGUACUUAAUUCUGACGUGUGCAAUGCAGGAUCUAAAUUAAUCACAUUUUUAAUAGGAUGUUUCCUAUCAGUUUCUCUGCAUGAUUUCCAGUGUCUGGCUUAAAGGUGACCAGGUCUCCACUAUCCAGUGUCUGGUGUAAAGGUGACCAGGUCUCCACUAUCCAGUGUCUGGUGUAAAGGAUACUGGGCCUCCACUAUCCAGUGUCUGGUGUAAAGGAUACUGGGCCUCCACUAUCCAGUGUCUGGUGUAAAGGAUACUGGGCCUCCACUAUUCAUGAUGCAUGACUUGAUUCUCUCACACUGAGAUUAGCUCUAGCUGAUUCAUGGAAAUCUGGGUCAAUGAGUAGCAAUGACUGUUUACAUGAUGAAGAUCUGGGUAUACGUUGCUGCUGGGGUUGAGCAUGUUCAUUCCCGGUAUCACCUACUGGAUUAUUGCCAAAUAUAUUUUACAACCAACUCUAAUCACUUAAUCACUAAGUAUGUGCAGUGAUGCUGCUGACCUGGUCAGUGUAUAAAUGUGUAGCAUAAACUAUUUGUUCUACAAUAUCUUAAAAGUUUUAAAUUUCCACAAACGACCAGUGAUUUUGGAGAAAUAUUUGUGUACAGACACAGACAGUUAUCUUUCUUCCAAGCCAGGAAGGGCGGUGGGGUAGCCUAGUGCUUUAAGCAUUAACUUUGCUUUACAUGCCGAAGGCCCAGGUUCGAUUCCCCACAUGGGAAUCUACUUAUCUACAAUGUUAAAUGUAGUGAAGUGCCUCUUUCUUUGAAUAUUGACUUUUACUUGUAACCAUGGCAACAGGUUCUAUGUGAAACAUUUUGACAUGACUGUGAUUCGUACUUAACGGGUUUAUCAUGGAUUUCCAGUGCUUUCAGUUACACAAUGCUCAUUAUGUCGGUGGUUGUUAUAGUUUGUGUUGUCAACAGAUGGCAUCUGCUGCUUGGUUCAUUCAUGGUAUUGCAGUUGGUUUAUGAUUUUAGUUUAUUAUUUGUAGUUUGACCUAUACCACUCAAUGGAAGUUAAGGGUGUGAUUCAUUCAUAUUACUGGCCUGACAGGUUAACUAAACUAUGUUAACGAAUCAGGUGUUCCUUAACUAUUUUUGAGUAGUAUAUGUUGUGGGACAGUGACUGUCAUGUGGCAUGGCACAGUAUCUCUUUAAGUUGUGCAAUAGUGACAGAAAUCUCACCAAAUGGUAGUGUAUAAGUGUAUAGUGUAUGAUAAGAUCUUCAUAUAUUUUUUCAUCAGAGCAUUGAACAAAAAUGGCCACAGAUAUUUUCCUAGUGUACUGAUUUGUCCAGUUAUCUAAAAUGUACACAUAUUUCUGAUUUAUCCUGCAUUACUCCUUAAUGCAUUUACUGCUUUCCUUUGACAAGACGAAGCUGUGUGAUGGAAUCAUCGAAGAGAAGUUGUUCCAACUAAGCGAGCCACCAUACUGCCAUCGCACUGCGCCAAUGAGACCUGGAAAGGGCUGACAUCACGUAUCUUCACAUUACUGCUUGUCACCAGCCUGAAAGGCUGUGCGAUUUUUUGCUGGGAUUAAACUUGCGACUUAA